AGCCACGGCCUCCUGCCCCCACCCUUCUCUCCCUCUCUCCCGUGCCUCCGCGCUGCCGCAGUACUCCCGCGCUGCACACUGCUGCUGCUCCCCAACCACGGCGCUCUGAUGGUGCUUGCUCGCCUGGUCGCCGCCUCGUCUCGCCCGAUCUUGAUAUCGUCCGGGGCGGCGCCGGCACCGCUCGACCGCGUCGUUGCCUCCUCUGCGUCAUGAGAAGCGCCACCAUUGCCUCCACCCCCACUGGGCAAGGAGCUCGAGGUGUUUGGGGGUUCAUGUUUCCUACACAGGCCAAAACACUAUUGGAGUUUGAAACCAGUCGUUUGGAGCAGAUCAGCUCAAAAGAGAUCCUUUGUACCAUUUGCAGACUACCCACCUUCCUCUGGCCUGGAGUCUCGCUCGCCUCUGUUUUCCCCCUAUGGACACACAUGAGACUCAGAUCUUGGCUCGUCGUAGAGGAAUCGAUAGCAAGAAUCAACCAGAGAAAGGAUGUACACAAGGUGUUUAAAGAUUUACUUUGUUCCAGCGCCUACUUUGGAUCAUAGGAAACUAAAAAAAGAGGGCGCCGCCACCACCGUCAUCAGGCUGGCCCACAUCCACGCGCUGCUCGGCGUCACCAGGUCACCGGCACAACUCCUCACGCCCAGGUCGUUCAACAUUUCCGGCCGCUUUUGGUGCGCCACAUUUAGAGUCUUUCUUUCCCAUUUUACCGUGUUUGCAUGGUAAGAUGUUUGGUCGGAUUUGAAGGUUCGUAGCCUUGACUCCAAAGCUUCAAGCUCUUAUAGAAAUUAGAACUGAGGGCCUUUUAAAAUGAGUCCUGCAUAAUAGUGUUGUUCAGUGGGAUGCAGGAU